ACCUGCAGAAUCUGGUCUUGUUUACCUCCAGUUCACUUCACUUCUUGUGCAUUUGACACAAUAAAGGAAAUUAUGCCGUAAAGGGUUUGUCCGAGGGCAUUUCGGCGAAGCUCGUAGUGCCGCGGUAGUUCAGUGUUCGUCGCCUAUUUAAAUGAGGUCGAGAGAGCUUGUCACAAGAGAAAGAAUGCCACGUAUAACAAAUGGUGGAGGUGGCGUGGCACGAGGUGCUGGGGGAUCCACUGGAGGCUCCCUGAACUGGCGUGAAGUUCACCAGCGUGUCCGGGAGCUGAGGAGGACCUUCUUACACCUCUCUGUCAAGACUCCCACUGACGUGACCUUCCGGCGCCUCAGCCCGACGCAGCUGCGAUGUUACUUCCUCCUCUCUCCAGGCCAGGGACGAGAAUCUACCCUUUUCUAUGCAGAUAUUAAUCUUGAUACCACUUGGUGUAGUAAGCUGGUUUACCAGGAGGUUCUGGAGUCUGGGCACUCUUUCCUCUGGCGCCGCACUUCCAGGGAAGAGCAGCUGCUUAGUGAGCGUCGGCGCAUAUCUACAUGGGGAAUCACCAACUACGAGCUGCAUCCUGCGUCUGGAACCCUUGUCUUCCCAGCGUCAUCCACUAUCUUCCAGUGUGUACAUCCUGAGAGACCUACUGGCCCUGUCAGUCCCAGAGAGUUGCCAAGCUGUCAAGUGCGACUCAACCCUCAGAUCUGCCCAGCAAAUCCAAACCUCAUUGCUUUUGCUGCCCGAUAUGACAUAUACUUGUAUAAUACUAAAACAGGGGAAGAGAAGAGAGUGACUCAUGUCCAUAGUGGUAGUGGGCGUCUUGAAUAUGACCCCAAGAGCGCAGGAAUGCCCUCUUAUGUCAUGCAAGAGGAAUUUACACGUUACCAGGGUUACUGGUGGCAACCUGUAUCUCCAGAUGGUGUAUACCGUUUAUUGUAUGAAGAGGUUGAUGAAAGUGAAGUUCCUAUAGUACAGUUUAUACUUCCUGAUGAUUCUGCUGGGAUGCUGGAUGAGUUCAGAUUUCCAAGAGCAGGAAUGGCUAAUGCAGAAUCUACACUGAGAUUGCUAGAAAUUGAAGUUGGUCCAGCUGAAGAGUUGAGAGUGACCACGCGACACCUGCGUCACGACCUCAAACAACUGGCACCUUGGCAUGAGUACUUAGUUCGGGUUGGCUGGACUCCUGAUGGCAACCAGAUUUGGUGCCAACUGCUUGAUCGCAGACAGCAGCGUUUAGAGCUGAUCCUGCUGUCGCUGUCAUCCUUUACGGGUCAGAAAAGCCCAGCAGCACCCUCGGCCCCAGCAGUGCCAUCUCUCUCUCCACAUGUCCUCAUCUCGCAACACUCCAACACCUGGAUAGAUGUUCACAAUUUAUUAUACUGGUGGAGGAGUCACCCAGAUCCUACACAAAGAAUGUUGAUAUGGGCAAGUGAAGAGUCAGGUUAUAGACAUCUCUACCUGUUUUUGACGCAGUUGUCUCCCCCCACCAGUACUGAGGAUCAGCCCUCACACGAAGACCAAGGUUUAGUGUCGGCUCAACUUGUUCAAAAAAUUGCUCUUACUCGAGGAGAUUGGUCAGUCACCGGCAAUAGCAUCUGGGUCGAUGAAGCACGUCGAUUAGUCUACUUCACAGGGUUGCGAGAUUCCCCCUUAGAGCAGCACUUGUAUGUUACUUCUAUAUCCCAUCCAGGAGGACUUGUGCAAAGACUAACAGAGCCAGGUUUCUCCCACCAAGUGGCACUAAACCAGGAGUGUACAGUAUUUACCAGUGUAUACAGCAGUAUAGAAGUCCCUUCCCAGAGCAAAGUUGUGACAAUAACACCUCUUGAUACACCUAACAGCAGUGGACACUUGGUAUGGGUGUCCGUCCUGGGUGACCUCGUAAAUGAGCCUAUUUCAGAGGGCCUUAGAGAGAUCAAGCCUCUGGUUGUACCUGAGGUGUUCACUACCAGAAUAAACAGUGGUGAUGUUAUCUACUCCAUGGUAUUCAAGCCCCACAACUUCACACCGGGAAGAAAGUAUCCAACUGUUCUUAGUAUAUAUGGAGGUCCACAAGUCCAACUGGUAUCUAACACAUUUAAGGGCUUUAGACACAUGAGAACACACAUGUUAGCAGCUCAUGGGUUCUGUGUCGUGAGCAUAGAUUCUCGUGGGUCAGAUAACAGAGGUGUUGGAUUCCAGGCUCAUCUUGUGAAUCGCAUGGGAACAGUGGAAAUAGAAGAUCAAGUGGAGGUCCUUCAGCUUCUUGCUGGACAAUGUGAUUAUAUGGAUCUCACACGACUUGCCGUUACUGGCUGGUCAUAUGGUGGCUACCUCUCCCUCAUGGCUCUAGCUCAGCGUCCUGAUAUCUUUAAGGUAGCAAUAGCUGGAGCUCCAGUUGUAUCAUGGGGCCUCUAUGACACUGGCUACACAGAACGCUACAUGGAUUUGCCCACAGUUAACCCUGAGGGUUACCGCAAUGGCUCCGUCCUCUCUUAUGUCAACAACCUCCCAGAUGAAGAGAAUCGGUUGCUCAUCGUCCAGGGGAUGAUUGAUGAGAAUGUUCACUUUUCCCACACAAAUCAACUUAUCCAAGCUCUCAUCAAGGCGGGCAAACCUUACCAGCUUCAGAUUUACCCCCACGAGCGCCACUGCUUGCGUCAGCUUGACUCGAAUGAACAUUAUGAAACCAAGCUGCUCUCUUUCCUCUUAAAUAACCUAUGAUGGAAAUGGAAAUUAGAUUUUGAAAUCUUUGUUUUGUAUCAUGAAAUCUGUUCUGCAAAUCUGGUUUGUUAGUCAUUUUGUUCUUUGUCGGAAGUGUUUUUAGUGCUUUGUGCUUUUUAGAGGCACAGCUGACGCAAGCAUCGUAGAGAUGUUGACAGAAGUGUAUGACUGAGUGUCAGGAUCUUGGUAAUAGAAAUGUUGAAACUCAGCACCAGCACCAGUUAAGAUUUAUGAAGACAGUGAUUUACACAUUUAUUGUUUAGGCUUGUAUAAAAAUAGCAGAAAAAAAAAAUUGAUCAAGACCUGUGUUGUCAUACACUGGAAGUGGUGGGUGAAGCAAACCAAAUGUAGGUUUUAUAAGCAAUAUGAAGGACUUGUUUAUCAUAGACAGAGGGUUGUUAGCAGGAUACCUAACAACCUGUUCUUGGUACUGAAUGAGUUUUCCAGAAGAUGUACGGAUAUGUGAUACCUAGACAGAUAUUUGUAACUGUAUCUAUUUUUCUUUUAGUUUGUUAUGAAGUAAUAAAGAACAGUAUAGAAGUUAGCAUUACUGUAGUGCUUUUUAAAAGGAGAUUUUAUGGGUUUUUCUUUUUCUUUCAUAUCUGCAAGGAAAGGGUGUAAUAUUUCAGAAGAGAAAGUGGCACUCUUUUUAAGUCAUAAGUCAGUUUUUUUUGUUUUUUUAUGUUUAUGCUGAUUUUACAAUUGCCGUGGUAGCUAGUCUUACCAUUUUAUUCAGUCUAAACAUAUUUUAAUACUCAUCUUUUAUUUUUAUUUUUGUUAUUUUAUAAAUCUUCAUUCUUUAUUUCUUCCUUCUGCUUUACUUCAUUUUAAAAUUAUAUUUUAGGCUGUAAAUCUGAGAAAAAAGAUCCAUUAAGGUUUGUGCUUACCACAGCUGAAGGCAUUGUUUUCUUCGCAGUGCAGUUCCAGAUAUUUAAUAAAGAUGAUAAUUAGUCAUCACGUUAGGUAGGGUCAACAAGUCUCCUAAGUGGAUUGCCUCUUGUGUACUGGGUGUAAAAUGCAGCUUGGUGAGAGGAGGUGUACUGUAAUCGCAGAGUCCAUCAUUGCCUUUAUGCAAUGUCAGUACAACCAUCUUGAUUACAGUAGAAAAUGUAUGGUGUAAUUGUUUAUUGUAAAAUGAAUGUAUGGUCAUGUUAGCUGUGUUGUGGUUUUGAGUAACAGUGUUUGUCAAUAGGAUAUUUGUAUUCUGACUUCAAGGACCUUCCACAAAGUAAAACAGAAUCCAUAUUUGAUAUGAUAAAUCACUUCUUACUUUUUCUUUUUUUUUUUGUAUGAGUAACCCUGUGUGUGUGUGUGUGUGUGUGUGUGUGUGUGUGUGUGUGUGUGUGCGUGUGUGUGUGUGUGAUUGGGUUUAUAUUUGAAUGUGUAUGCAUAGUCUGCAUCUGUGUAUUUCUGGCAUCACUGUAAUUACGUUGUGUGACUGAUAGGCUGACUUCGAAAUACUCAGUAAAACUUAGUAUGACUUUUUGAAUUUUGCUCUAAAGAAAGCUCAUUUUUGAGAACUGGUGCUAGAGAAAGAAAUAAUUAUUUGCUUUCAUUGUAAAAGUAGUCAUUACAUCUGCUACAGUCCUUGAAGCAGAUCUGUGAGUUAAUUAUGGUUGGAACCAUCACACCAGCAAUCAAGUUCACCUCAUGAUCUUGUGUAUGUUUAUCAUGAGGCCUUACAGGUUUUGAAUGACUUGGCAAACACCUAGAAAGGCAUUCACUUCUCAUUCUAGUAAUCAGAAUUAAAUGUACUGAUGUUAUCAAGAACAUUAAAGCGAGUCAGAUUUUUCAUUUUGUAAGAGGGAGAAGGUGCAUAAACAACAACUUUUGUAAAUAGUUACUGAUUUUACUUGAAAGAGAAGCUGGGAGACUAGGAUAUAAUAAAUUGUAUUAGACUAAGUACCAUCUAGUCACAUAAGCAUCAAUUAAUUGUAAGAAAUGGAUGGGUUUAACUUUCAGUUUUAUUUUGUGAGUUUGCCAUUACUAAUAUAUUUACUGUAUUUCUACAAUUAUUUAUAUAUAUUACUUUUCUCUUAUAAAAAAAAAAUAAACUUUUAAUCAAGAAAAAUAAAUGAUUGGUCAUAUAUUGUAAAGAAGGUUAUAAUGUCAGUGGAUAUUUCUUUUUUUGACAGAAAUUGUUAAAUAAUAUAUGAUUUGGAAAGACUGACCAUGAGCAUUGUAAUUAUUGAAUCUAUGACCUGCAAUAGGCCAUUCUGAGGUAUGGGUUGUACCCAUUAUGAUAGCACAUUAUUGACCAGGGUCAGUUUGACAUGGAUACCACUUCAUUGUGUAGGUCUUGGGAAUAUUUGCUGCUGUACAGUUAGUGAAAUGUGAACACUGUAGAAACUGCUUUCCAUUAAACUAGUUAGUAAUGAGAUUUUAGCAUUGUUGUGCAUCAUUGUAAAAUGUGUUUUGUAUAGUAUUUUAUUGCAAAUCUGAGACAGAUUUCACUGUCUUUUUUCUAAUUCUUGUUUUUAAUUAUAAACAAAUACUUCACAUAGCGCACAUGUGAAACUUACCUUUUGUUUGGAUUUCAAUAUUUCCAUCAUAUUUCAGUCCUUACAGCUGCUGAUCCCAGUGUUGUAGACAAUGCUAAGUUGACACAAAAUUGGGAAAAUGGAACUUGCUUUGUCAUUAUGGUGAGAAUGAUCUAAAGUCAUGUCCUUUGAGCAUAAAAUAUUUGAUAAAUAAUUUUCUAUCUUCCUUUAAAGAUCUGUCAUUAGUAAUCAUUUUGCAUUGUGUGUAUGUGUGUGUGUGUGUGUGUGUGUGUGUGUGUGUGUGUGUGUGUGUGUGUGUGUGUGUGUGUGUGUGUGUGUGUGUGUGUGUGUGCGCCUGUGUACCUGUAUGUGUCGAGGAAUGCUUUGUUGAAGAGAUGAGAUGCAUAUUAUAAGAGUGAGGUGGGUGGAUGCAUUUCUACCUCCACACUUAAAAAUAAUUUUGUUGUACACAUUUUUAUAUGAAAUUAUCCAACUGUAGCUCCUCCUCCAGAACUGGCAUAUUGCUUCUUUCUGUUAAUUUGACUUGUUUUAAUUGCAUUUUUGGUUUAAUAUCAAUAAUGAUAUAGUCAUGUACAAAUGAGUGAGAAAGCAGUUGUACAUAAAGUCUGUAUGUAUAUAUGGGUGUGUAUUGGCAUUGCAAACAUUGGAUGUUCUAAAAGUUUUUUGAUGUUUGUGUGAAUGAGGAAGGGUGUGUGUGCAGAUCAUUGCAUAUUGUUACUCUAGAUUUUGUUAUUUCAUAUGUGUUUUUUUAUGCCUGUGCAUAUCAUAUGUUGUUGAAUUGUAAAACAAUGCUUGAUUAUAAAACUUGAUUACUUUUCACUUCAGGGAUACUGAUGCAAAUAUUAGGCAAGUUCAUGAUAGAUCAUCCCAGCCUGGACACAUUUAGAUCCUGUGACGAAUUUGUGAACUAAAGCUGUGUUGUCGGAGGUUAUGGUUUCAUACAACCUGUUUUGAAUCAAUUAUCACUAAUUUCUAUCUACAAAAUUACCAGUGAUAAAGAUGACGAGCUCUGUCUAUAAUGUGAUUCUUUAUGACUAAGAUGUAUUUUGAUGAUAGAAUUUAGACACUUUAGGAACUGUUUGUCAUUGUAUUUCACUUCUACCUCUGUGGCCAGUGAUGGUUGCUGGCAUAGGAAAACAUUUGAGCUGAGAAUGUCAAUGUUUGUCAAGUAUUUAUGGAGAAGUUUCUAGGAGUGGCCACUUGUGUUAGGUCAGCUUCAGGAGACUUCUGGAGAAAUCAGAAAAAAAAGUAUGUUUUCUUCACAUUACCAGAAAGUAUUGGAUACACAAAUUGAUAAGAAAUAAAGUAUUGAAUACAAACUAUAGGUCAAUCUAGAAACUUUUUAGAUAAAUUAAAUGGUAUAUUUUUUACUUUGUUUAGAAAUACUCUGUGAUCUUUAUUAUAUGAAAAAGCCCAACAGUGAAGUACAUCUCUGCCUUGCUGACGAUGCUGUAACUAACAUUGCCGUUAUUCCUCUCUUUGUAACGAGAUUCAUGACAUCAUUGCAUGUGUUGACAGUGUUCAUUCAUUUGAAAUAAACCAGCACACACACAACAAAUGAACAAACACUCUCACUCACAUUCACAUUCACACAUACUCUCAAUCACACUUGCAAGCACUCACAUGCAUAAUACACACAUGCCCACUCACAUUCUCUCUUCUUUUUCAUCUUUUUCUCUGUCACUGUCCCUCAUCUAUAUAUCACUUAUCAGUCCAGCACUCUCUAUCUCUGUUUCUAUUUCCAUUUUCCUCUCUUAGCUUUUCUCUUUUAAAACGAUCUCUCAGAAACUUUGAACAGAGUCAACACACAUAUCAUUUGCUAUAUGGCUGUUUUAGUGACAGUUUCACUUUUUUUCCGAAAUGUUGUCCAUUUUAUGUGUGUGCUCAGUGCUCACAUUACUGCCAGGUGAUUUGACAUAUUCGUUGCUUUGGUAGUCCAUAAUUGGCAACGGUUCUUACAAGACAAAGUUUGUUAAUUUUCCUUUUGGUCAAACUCUUGUAUUGUGAUUGGAAGACAAAAACAACUUGGAUCUCAUCACCUUGUUGCGACUCACAGAUAUAGGCCUAAUAAAAAUAGAAGUUAU